AUGAGCACCACCACCAAAACCGAGUCACAGACUCUCCGCUUCCAGACUGAAGAUCUGGUCAAAUUUGAUCCUAAUCGCGUCUAUGGGGAUUGGCGGGACGAGUUCCACGGAAAUGGCUGUGUGCUGAUCAAGAAUGUCAUUUCGAAAGAGCGUGCAGCAUACUACGGCCAGAAACAAUUGGACUGGUUGAAAAGGUUCAAUCUAGGUUUUGAUGAAAAUGAUGAAAGUACAUGGACAGCUGAGCAUCUUCCAGUCAGCUUCAAAGGGGGCAUGUACUAUGGAUAUUCUUCACCACACGAAAAGAUGGCCUGGGAGGCGCGUAUGGAACCUGGUGUCAUUGAGAUUUUUGAGAAGCUCUGGGAGACAAACGAGCUUAUCUGCUCCUUUGAUGGCAUGAACAUUAGUAUGCCUCGUCGGAAGGAUAUUGGUUGGUCCCCGUGGCCACACUGCAACCAGAAUCCCGAGCGCAAGGGGAUGCAGGCCGUCCAAGGUCUUCUUAACUAUGCUCCCAACGGUCCAAAGGAUGGUGGCCUGAUGCUUAUGAGAGGCAGUUCGAAACUAUUUAACGAGUUCUUUGCGCAGAAGCGAGAAGCUUUUGACCAUGAGGAUGCGCCUCCUCCAGAGUUGAAGUAUAUGGACUUGUUUCUGUUCAGUGAGAAGGAUGUCAAAUGGUUCGAGCAACGGGGCUGCGAACUAUUUAAAGUCAAUAUGGAACCUGGUGACUUCGUGCUGUGGGAUUUGAGAACCAUGCACUAUGCAGAACAUCCUCAAGGGGAUCAAAUUCGACAUGUUCAAUACAUCUGCAUGACACCGAGACGGUUUGCUGGGGAGGGAGACCUGAAGCUGAAGGAGUGCUUUGACAACUGGCUCGGUACCACCCAUUGGCCUCACUGCAACAUCCGUCCCGCAGCUGAACCGCCAAUGAGGAAUGGCGAAGUAUGCCCAAAAAAUCGCAACGAACCGUUCGAGAAACCAGAGAUCACAGAGGGACUGUUAAGACUUGCAGGUGUCAAAGCAUACUGA